AUGGCGAUCAUAUCUGCAUUGGGACGCGGGAAUGCCAUCGUCGUCGACGGCACUUCCUUUGCACUAAACGGCGACAAUGUGUCCUACCGCUUCCACGCCAACACCACCACCGGCGACCUGAUCACCGAUCACUUUGGCGGACCCGUCACCGGUGCAAUCCCUUCGCCCGUGGAGCCUGCCGUCAAUGGCUGGGUCGGCAUGCCAGGCCGCAUCCGUCGAGAGUUCCCUGACCAAGGCCGCGGUGAUUUCCGCGUUCCAGCCGUGCGGAUUCGUCAGACGGCGGGUUACACGGUCAGUGAUCUGCAGUACCAAUCGCAUGAGGUGGUGGAAGGCAAAGGUCCCUUGGCCGGGGGUGCGUUGCCGGCGACAUUUGGGAGCGCGGAGGAUGUGACGACCUUGGUCGUUCAUCUCUACGACAAUUACAGCUCUGUAGCCGCUGAUCUGUCGUAUUCGAUCUUCCCCAAAUACGAUGCGGUCGUGCGAAGUGUGAAUGUGACGAAUCAGGGGCAGGGAAACAUCACGAUCGAGAGUCUGGCGAGUUGGAGUGUGGACUUUGCUUAUGAGGAGCUGGAUAUGAUCAGUCUUCGCGGUGACUGGGCAAGAGAAGCAACUCGGCAAAGGAGCAGAAUUAAUUACGGUGUUCAAGGGUUUGGAAGCAAUACUGGGUAUUCCUCUCACCUCCACAAUCCCUUCGUGGCAAUUGUGGAUCCGGCCACCACCGAGUCCCAGGGCGAGGCUUGGGGCUUCAAUCUCAUCUACACAGGCUCCUUCUCUGCCGAGGUGGAAAAGGGCUCUCAAGGACUGACCCGGGUGCUUUUGGGACUCAACCCCGACAAGCUGUCGGUGAACCUCGGACCCGGCGGGACAUUGACUUCGCCAGAGGCUGUAUCAGUCUAUUCAUCCGAGGGGAUCGGUGGCAUGUCGCGCAAAUUUCACCGGCUCUAUCGUAACCACCUGAUCAAGAGCAAAUUCGCGACCUCAGACCGUCCCGUCCUCCUCAACAGCUGGGAAGGCCUGUACUUUAACUACAAUUCCAGCAGCAUCUACACCCUUGCCGAGGAGUCCGCUGCCCUGGGAGUUCGUCUCUUUGUCAUGGAUGACGGCUGGUUUGGAAACAAGUACCCACGCGACUCUGAUGAUGCAGGACUGGGCGACUGGACCCCCAACCCUGCUAAAUUCCCCGACGGCCUCAACCCCGUAGUCAACGAGAUCACAAACCUCACAGCCAACUCGACAACAGAUGCGUCCAAGCUCCGCUUUGGCAUCUGGGUCGAGCCAGAGAUGGUGAACCCCGAAUCCGUCCUCUAUCACGAGCACCCAGACUGGGUCCUCCAUGCGGGCGACUACCCACGCACCGAGCGGCGCAAUCAGCUAGUGCUCAACCUCGCUCUUCCCGAAGUUCAAGACUUCAUCAUCGACUUCAUGACCAACCUCUUGUCCAAUGCCAGCAUCAGCUACAUCAAAUGGGACAACAACCGCGGGCAGCACGAGACCCCCUCACCGGCCAACGACCACGCCUACAUGCUGGGUCUGUACCGCGUCUUCGAGACGCUGACCACGCGCUUCCCCGACGUGCUAUGGGAAGGCUGCGCCAGCGGUGGCGGCCGCUUCGAUGCCGGCGUCCUGCAGUACUUCCCGCAGAUCUGGACCUCCGACGACACCGACGGCUACGAGCGCGUCGGCAUCCAAUUCGGCACCUCGCUGGCAUACCCCCCAAGCGCCAUGGGCGCACAUCUGUCCGCCGUCCCCAAUGCGCAGACCGGCCGCACGACCCCCACGACCUUCCGCGCGCACGUAGCCAUGAUGGGCGGGUCGUUCGGCUUGGAACUCAACCCCGCCGAUAUGGAUGAUGUCUCGCAAGAGGAAAUUCAAGAGCUUCUCGCUCUCGCGGAGAAGGUGAAUCCGCUAGUCCUCGCCGGAGAUCUGUACCGUCUGCGUCUGCCAGAGGACUCGCGCUGGCCUGCCGCCUUGUUUGUGGCCGAGGAUGGUAGCCAAGCGGUCCUGUUCUAUUUCCAGCUGGCGCCGUAUGUGAAUCAUGCGGCGCCGUGGGUGAGGCUUCAGGGACUGGAUAGUGGGGCGAGGUAUAGGGUUGACGGUGCGGAUGAGGUGUACUCUGGGGCUACGUUGAUGAAUCUGGGCCUACAGUAUACGUUUGACACGGAAUAUGGGAGCAAGGUGGUGUUUUUGGAGCGGGUGUGA